GAUGUAGGUACCUAGGUAUGCACAUCGUUCAGGUAUGUACUUAGUAAUAGUAAUUAAUGGUAGUAGUGGUAGUAGUGGUAGUAGUAUAGUGUCAAACGAGCGCCGUCGAACAAUUCUUUUUAGUACACGUUCGUUCUUGCUCCAUGAUUAUUACCAUUAGAGCUCCCCGCCCUGUGCUCCGCCUCCGCCUUCGCUUCCUCCACUCUUGCUCCUCUCCCCCUUCUCCCCCAACUCGGCUUGGCAUUGAGCCCGUGCAUGCCUGAGUAGGUAUUUAACCUAGUGAAAACCUCUGCCAGUUGAGUUGGCUCGUCAUUCGUUCUUGUGACUACUUUCGUGACUUCUUUUGUGAGUCUUUUCGUGAGUCCUUUCGUGUCCUCUACUACUGGUAGAAAGGACGAACGUCGCAAUUCUUUAUACUUUCUAGCACCGAGCUCGACUCUUCUUACCAAAGCUCGCCUCCAGUUUCGCCUCUCUUUUUCUUUCUUUGUUUCUCUUCAUCGAGACACUAGAGUCUCGGUCGCCAACCGCAGCUAUGGCAAGCGACAAUGGGGAUCGACCUGCGCGCGAGAUCAAGAAUCAUAUUCUCUUCGAAAUCGCUACCGAGGUCGCUCAUCGCGUUGGCGGUAUCUACUCUGUCAUCAAGUCCAAAGCUCCCGUCACCACCGCCGAGUAUGGCGAUCGUUAUACUCUUAUAGGCCCCCUCAACCACCAAUCGGCCGCUGUCGAGGUAGAGGAGCUUGAACCCGCCAACCCCGAGCUUGCCAAAAGCAUUGAGGCCAUGCGAAACCGGGGUAUUGGCAUUUUGUAUGGCAGAUGGCUGAUAGAUGGUGCUCCCCGCGUGCUGCUCAUCGACACCAAGACCGCAUACAAGUAUAUGGACGAAUGGAAAGCCGACCUUUGGAAUGUAGCAAGCAUACCUUCCCCACCGGGCGACGAUGAGACGAACGAGGCAAUUGUCUUUGGAUAUCUUGUUGCGUGGUUCUUGGGCGAGUAUGUAUGCCAUGAGAAGAGGAAAGCUGUCAUUGCCCAUUUCCAUGAAUGGCUGGCGGGUGUCGCGUUACCGCUUUGCAAGAAACGUCACAUAGAUGUCACCACGGUCUUUACCACUCAUGCUACUCUGCUUGGGCGAUACCUGUGCGCCGGCUCUGUGGACUUCUAUAACAAUCUCCAAAAUUUUGAUGUAGACGCCGAAGCCGGGAAACGAGGCAUCUACCAUCGUUACUGCAUUGAACGCGCAGCUGCGCAUUCUUGUGACGUUUUUACCACCGUCUCUCACAUCACUGCCUUCGAGAGCGAACACUUGCUCAAGCGCAAGCCCGACGGUGUGUUGCCCAAUGGCCUUAACGUCACCAAAUUCUCUGCUGUACACGAGUUUCAGAACUUGCAUCAGCAGGCCAAGGAGAAGAUCCAUGACUUUGUGCGAGGCCAUUUCUAUGGUCACUAUGACUUUGUUCCCGACGAUACACUUUACUUCUUUACGGCCGGACGCUAUGAGUUUCGUAACAAAGGUGUUGACAUGUUCAUUGAGUCUCUCGCGCGUCUGAAUCACAGGCUGAAAAGCGCGGGUAGCAAGACCACCGUCGUAGCCUUCAUCAUCAUGCCGGCACAAACUACGUCCCUUACUGUCGAGGCCCUCAAGGGCCAGGCAGUGGUCAAAUCGCUCAGAGACACGGUUGACGUCAUCGAACGUGGCAUUGGUCGACGGAUCUUUGAGCGGUCCCUCAGGUGGCACGACGGUGAUACAAUGCCUGAUGAGAAAGAGCUCAUCACAAGCGCCGAUCGCGUGGUACUGAGACGCAGACUCUUCGCCAUGAAGCGUCACGGGCUGCCCCCCAUUGUGACACAUAACAUGGUUAACGAUCAAGAGGAUCCGAUCCUCAACCAGAUCCGCCGAGUACAGCUUUUCAACCAUCCCACAGAUAGGGUCAAGAUUGUCUUUCACCCCGAAUUCUUGAACUCCUCAAACCCCAUCCUACCAUUGGACUACGAUGACUUUGUGCGUGGUACUAAUCUAGGCGUUUUCGCAUCAUACUAUGAACCUUGGGGCUAUACACCAGCUGAGUGUACGGUCAUGGGAGUCCCCAGUAUUACGACAAACUUAUCCGGCUUCGGCUGCUAUAUGGAGGAAUUAAUCGAGAACUCGAGCGACUACGGCAUUUAUAUUGUAGAUCGACGUAACAAGGGUGUCGACGACUCGGUCAACCAGCUGACAUCAUGUAUGUUUGAAUUCUGCCAGAAGAGCCGCCGGCAGCGUAUCAACCAGCGAAAUCGUACGGAGCGGCUCAGUGACCUGCUCGAUUGGAAGAGGAUGGGCAUGGAAUAUGUCAAGGCACGGCAGCUAGCGCUGCGGCGAGCAUAUCCGGCGUCAUUUGAGGGCGAAGAGGAGGAAGGAGAUUUUAUUCCCGGGGUAGAGCAGAAGAUAUCACGACCGUUCUCGGUACCAGGCUCACCUCGUGAUCGGGCCGGUAUGAUGACGCCAGGUGAUUUUGCCAGUUUACAGGAGGGAAGAGAAGGAUUAAGCACCGAGGAUUACGUUGCGUGGAAGCUACCGGACGAGGAGGAUCCCGACGAAUAUCCGUUCCCGUUAACACUACGAACGAAAUCUACCGUGUCCGGCCCGGCGUCACCUCUGGAGGCCGUGCAGCCAAAUGGAAAUUAGGCAGCUAGUGCAGACUCGAACACAUAGCUGCUCACAAGAAGAGCAUUGCAGUGCCUUACCGACGGGACGGAACGAUAUGGAUGCUCAGGCUCGAAGACGCUAAGCAGUUACCGGGUAUGGCAGUCGGGCAGUAGAGAAGCGGGUAGCUGACAGCAUGAUUGGUUUUCAGUUCAGAUUGCAUAGUACAUGCAUGGCACAUAUGCAUUAGCGGGUGGUGUGCUGCUCCUCGUUUCGGUGCUUCAUGUUGCUUUGUUUCACCUUGUCAUUUUAAUCCAUGUAUCGAAUGUACUAUCAAAGACCCAGCAUUAAGCAUACGCACACGCGCGCAUACAAAAAAAUCAUCUGCUAUAGGUAGUAUCUAAUAAAUAUAAAUACUAAGUUAUGUGGAUUUACA